UAUGUUGACAUGGACAUGGUUUUGUUGUUGACAGCUCAGUGGCUCAGGUGGCAGACAAGGGCCGGUGACGUGCGUCUAAAAUGCGUCGAAAAACAAUCAGACCAGCCGAUCUUUUCAGAAAAUAUUGGUUUUUAUUCGGAAUUCUUCUGAGCAUUUUGUUAGCGUGUCUUGCUCCCAGCCUGGGUGUCACGGGUGGUCCUUUACAGCCAGAGAUAACUGUUAAAUAUGGGGCUAUUGCUGUCAUAUUUUUUAUGAGUGGUUUAUCGUUAAACAUGUCUGACAUGAAAAAGGCAGCCUUUCAGUUUAAACUUCAUGGAUUCAUUCAAUUAUUUACCUUUUUGAUUUUCCCUGUCUGUGUUCAUUCAAUGAAUAUUUUUCUGAGGAUCUUUGGUGUUAAUGAAUGGGUGUUGAAGGGACUUAUUACUGUCAGUGUGAUGCCGCCACCCGUGUCUACUGCUGUCAUCUUAACUAAAGCUGUUGGCGGUAAUGAGGCAGGAGCUGUGUUCAACUCUGCGCUUGGGAGCUUCCUCGGCAUUAUUGUCACACCUAUAAGCUUAUUAGUUUUUCUUGGUUCAUCUACUGUUGUCCCAAUCCGAAGCACUGUGAGCCAGUUAGGGGCAACAGUUGUUUUGCCUCUCUUUGCUGGGCAGGCUGUGCGAGCAGUGGGGAUGCUACGUGGCUCAGAUUUGCCUGCCUCACAGCUGGGCCAAUUUGCACUGCUGUUAAUCAUUUACACAACCUUUUGUGAUGCAUUCACAGAGCAUGAUGCGGGGAUGAACCCUGUAGAUAUACUUGUCACGGUGCUUUUAGUGGUCAUUAUCCAACUGUCGGUAAUGUAUUUAGCAUGGGUACUUUCUGGGAUUUCUAAGGUUUUCAGCUCCUCGGAUCGUAUUGCUGUUACCUUCUGCUGUUCUCACAAAUCUCUUACUUUAGGGAUUCCUAUUCUUCGAAUAUUAUUUGCUGGAUACUCUCACUUUUCUUCAAUAUCACUGCCAUUGCUGGUUUAUCACCCUACGCAGAUAAUCUUGGGUAGCCUGUUGGUUUCUGAGAUGCGUGAAUGGCUGCGAACUCAUCAGAAAAGAUCAUAUUUACCCCCAUGAUGGAAAUAACAACUAAUGCUACCAAUUUCUACCAAUUUCUUGAAAAAUGUUAUCCCUUAUUUUAAAUGUUAACUGUACAAAAUAGUAAUGAAAGUCUCUAUUGUGAUCUCAUACUAAUGCAUUUUUCUGUGAUAUAAGAUCUAUUGUACUACAAUAAUGAAAUGGUCACUUUUAUGCACAAUUUUUUAAAUGUGUAAAGAUGAGUUGUGUUUUUUAGCUGUUUUUAAACUUUGAGUGCAUUAUUUAUAUGGAACAAAUGAACCACAGCCCUGUUGGUUACCAAGCAAUACACAAAUGAAUUGUCUUCAUUUAAAUUAUGUUUUCUGAGGAUAGUUUUGUUAUUAUUUGACAAAUAAAUCUUUGAUUUUUAACCAUUUUAAAA